AUGCGGCCGCUACGGCUGCGGCGCGUUGUUGGCUUGGAGGGGCGCGUCAAUGACGUAGUGUUCUGUCCCGCGACGCGACCUGUCCCUAAGCAGGGCGCACUUGUCUUCUUCGGCGGUGAUAUUCAGGACUAUCCUGAAGUGAUGCAGGCACACCGGGACUACCAAAAUUACCUAAAAUAUAAUCUGGAGAACACGGCGCGGAUGCUUGGCCUUAAUUUCCCAACGAAACACAUACUGGUUGUGAAACCGUCUAGGAUAGAAUACAAAAGCUUCAGCUGCUACGACAACUUCGUUCCUAGCAACAAUGCUGGUGUACCGGAUCACACGCCCACACACAGCGCACUCCUUCAUCUUGAGAGGUAA